AUGAUUGAACAGAGCAACAAUAUCAAUGAUGUCGAAGAUCUCUCUAAAUCUCAUAAAAUCAUCUUACUCUCACCUUCCGAUGGGGCCUGGUUGAUGGGCCUACCAGCCGUGCUAGAUGCUGUCUUGACUCCUGAGGAUUUCUUCAAGCUGUUCAAGCUGCACAAACUCGCUUGGAGCUGCAAGCAAAUUGUCCACAUCACAAAAGUGGCCCUCGAGCUUGCCCAGGACAGCUUGGCCAAACAAGAAGUGACUUCCAAUCGACACCCAGAUGAGCUGUACAAGAACGGGAUCCAAUGGGAGUCGUUCCUAGGAUGUAUCAAAUUAAUCAAACAACGGACGCGGGUGAUUGACCUGAACUCGGGCACGGACUACCGGAAGCAAUUAGGGAGGAGUGGGGGGCGUGCCGAGAACCGGGCCGAGUUUGCCAAGCGCUUCGAUGCCCUCACCGAUCACAAGCCCAUCCUCGAGAACCGCCUCCUGCCCAUCUGGGGCACCCACCAUAUUCUCGUCCCGCUCAGCACUUCCUUUGUCGCUUGGUUUGACUUCAAUCAUCUCUGCGCUAGCUGCCCAGUUGCUCCCUAA